AUGCUGGGGUCAGCUGUGGAGGGCCGAGGGUAUGCGAACACCUUACCUGCUUCAUUUGUAGAGCUUUUAUCGUUUCAAUUAUUUCGCUUUCUCCAUUUUCUUGUUUUUUGUGUAAAUGUUAAUAAUAUUAAUAUCGCAACUAAUCUCUUUUUUCUUUCAAAAUCAUACCCUUUUUUCUUCGCCAUACUCUUUCUUUCUUCAACACACCCUUUCUUUCUUCAUCACACUCUUUAUUUCUUCAUCAUACACUUUUUCUUCACCAUACACUUUCUUUCUUCAUCAUACACUUUUUUCUUCACCACACUCUUUCUAUCUCCAUCAUAUACUUUUUCUUCACCACACUCUUUCUAUCUCCAUCAUACACUUUUUCCCCACCACAAUCUUUCUAUCUUCAUCAUACACUUUUUUCUUCACCAUACACUUUCUUUCUUCAUCAUACACUUUUUUCUUCACCAUACUCUUUCUAUCUCCAUCAUACACUUUUUCUUCACCAUACACUUUCUUUCUUCAUCAUACACUUUUUCCUCACCACACUCUUUCUAUCUUCAUCAUACACUUUUUCCUCACCAUACUCUUUCUAUCUCCAUCAUACACUUUUUUCUUCGCCAUACACUUUCUUUCUUCAUCAUACACUUUUUUCUUCACCAUACUCUUUCUAUCUCCAUCAUACACUUUUUCCUCACCACACUUUUCUAUCUUCAUCAUACACUUUUUCUUCACCAUACACUUUCUUUCUUCAUCAUACACUUUUUCCUCACCACACUCUUUCUAUCUCCAUCAUACACUUUUUUCUUCACCAUACACUGUCUUUCUUCAUCAUACUCUUUCUUUCUUCAUCAUACUCUUUCUUUCUUUCUUCAUCAUACACUUUUUCUUCGCCAUACCCUUUUUUCUUUAUCAUACCCUUUUUCUUCAUCAUACCCUUUUUUCUUCCCCAUAAUCUGUCUUUCUUCACCAUACACUUCUUUCCUCAUCAUACCUUUUCUUUCCUCAUCAUACCAUUUCUUUCUUCAUCACACUCUUUCUUUCUUCUUCAUACCCUUUCUUUCUUCAUCAUACACUUUUUUCUUCACCCAUACUCUUCCUUUCUUCAUCAUAGCCUUUCUUUCUUCAUCAUAA